AUGCCCAUCAAGAUCCCUGGCUUCGGCCGCCGCAAGUCGGGCAACGAGCUGGAAGAGACACCAGCGCCGGCAGAGCCCUCGUUCCGCGUCUUCGAGCGGCCGUCCCAUCGCGCCAGUCACUCGUUUGACUCUGUCACCGCGCUCAAGAAGCCCGCAGCCGCCGCUGAGGACCCGGACCCGGACAACAUCUUCGCCGGCAUCCAGAAGCCUGCCCCGGCCAGCAGCAGCACUCCUCACGUCCCCAGCACCAGAAACGGCAAGCUGACUGGCUCCAACGGCAGCUCCAGCAAGCCAUACGAUAGUUCCAGCGCCUCGUCCGCCAGAUACAGCUCCUCGUCCACCCUGCCCUCCUCGACAGACCACUCGCCCCACGAUGCCAUCCCGGUGCCGCCCAUCCCAGAGUCGCCCUUUGCCUUCUCCAUUCGCGCCUCGGGCAGGACGUUCUCCUUUGGCUCCAAGGCCUCCAAGACCUCCAAGACUUCCACUCCCAGAAAGUCUGAGAGUGCCACCAGAGAACGGGCCUUGACGGCCAGCACCACCAGCACGGCCACGCCGCCUAAGCUCAUGGAGACUGACCUCUCCCUCGAGGGUUCCGGCGAGAUGGGCAAUAUCUUCGAGGGUGUCGGUGUCGACAAACGCCGUAGCAGAGUCCUCGACGAGAUACCGACCAAUAUACCCCAGCCGGGAAGACCUGCUCCCAGUGUGCCGGCAAAGGAUAAAAGGGUGCCUCCCUCGCCCCUAUCUCCGCUGUCUUCAAACCACAGCCAGAACUCUCGGGACAGCCUCAUUGCGGCUGACGACUUCGCCAUCUCCCAACAGCUCGCCAACCAAUUACACGACGUCGACCUGGCUGAGAAAAGCCCUACACUCAGACCUGCGGCCGCCUCGAGCAUGCCCAAUUCUCGCUCUACGCCCAACAUCUACUCCUCCGACCGGGACAGGUUUCGGGAUCGUGACCCUGAAUCCUCAUCUCUCUUCUCCAGUGACAGGGACUUCACCGCCGUACCCCGUCAACAGUAUAGAUCCCCUCCUUCUUCCCUCCGCAAAAACAUCAUGCCUCCCAGUGCAUCCAUGGCCUCUUCCCUAGCCUCGCUCAAGACCGGCAACAAGGUCAUGACCCCCGCCCAGUUUGAACGAUAUCAGCAGCAACAGGUCCAGAGAGCCGCCAGUGAACCCAGCUCCGACGAGGAAGACCAGGUCGAAAGUGAAGAUGACGAGGACGAGACCGAGAAGCGGAAACAGGCAGCCGCUCAGAGACAGAAGCAGGAAGCCCACCUGUCCGUCUACCGCCAGCAGAUGAUGAAGAUCACCGGCGAACAGAAGAAAGCUUCCACCAAUGGGCCCGCCGGAAGCGCUGAAUCUAUCGCCGGUAACCCGAACCGCAGGUCGGUGCUCGACCCCAUGGAGGCCGCCAAUAACAACAGUAAUCUUAAUAUCACAAACACCGCAUCCAGCUCCCCCGGCUUAUCCCCAGGCCUCUCUCCGGGAGUCGGCCCCUUGAAAGCUACCCCGUCGGACGGUGAGGAGGACGACGAUGUGCCCCUUGGUAUCCUCGCUGCCCAUGGCUUCCCACACCGCAACCGCCCGCCGUCUCACCUCGCUGCCUCCCACUCCAACCCGAACCUGAAUGCAUCGUUCCAGGCUGGUGCUGCUUCCAUUGCAGGCAUGCAGCAGCAGCCGCCGCUGGAGGGCCCGUCAAAACGAAGCACAUUGCCUGUCUUUGCUCGAAACCUGCCCAAGGAUCCUUACUUUGGCUCCAGCCUCGUCAACCCGUCCCAUCGUGAGUCCCUUGCUCUCGCCGGCGGUGCUCCAGGCGUGAACCUCAACACCGUCAAUCUUGGUCCUCCCGGUCUCCCGGCAGGCGGCCUGGUCGGUGUUAUUGCCAAUGAGGAACGAGCUCGUGCAAUGCGUCGUGGCAGCCCCAAUGCCCAAGGUGUCUUUGAUAUGACUCCUCCUCCAAACGUCCAUACCAACUUCCUCUCUGCACAGCCCCAGAUGCAGAUGGGCGGUCUUCUCGGACAGCUCCAGCAGCACCAGCAAGCUCAAGCUAACAUGGUCAGCGGUAUGAACGCCAAUGGCUUGAUUGGCGGUGCUGGAGCCAUCAAUCCACAUCACCACCACCAUCCGUACCCGCAGGGAGGCAGCACCGGCGGCCCAGCAGACCACUCUCAGAUGCAGGUUUCUCAGCAAAUGACAAAUAUGAUGCAGAUGCAGAUGCAAUGGAUGCAACAGAUGAUGCAGAUGCAAGGUGCCCAGCAGCCAGGCCAACAGCCAAAUUUCAACAUGAACGGAAGCUCCUCCUCUCUCCUCCAGCCGCCCAACCCCAACCAGCGGCCCUUCUCCAUGGUCUCCAACCCAUCUCAGUUCCGCGGACCACCACAGGUUGACCACCGAACGCUCAGCAUGCUCGAUCCAUCCACCGCCAGCACCUACCACACCCCCGGAAACCGCGCAUCUUUCCUCAUGGCACCCGACAUGUCCGGCCCAUCAUUCGGCAUGGGAAUGAUGAACAUGGGCGGUGGCUCUGGACCAGCACCGGGCUACGCUCCCUCCGUCGCCCCCUCAGAACGCAGUAACAUAGGCGCUGCAUCACGCUACCGUCCCGUCUCGACCAUCGGCGCCCCAUCCAACGGCGCCAACCGCUCAUCAACAUUCACUACCAACACGCUCCGGCCUUGGGCAGAGGAACGGCCUCCCAUGCUAGGUCAAGUACUAGCUAACAAGUCAAACACCAACUUAAGCGCCACCACCCCGUCAACUUCCGAGACCACUCCCACCGUGCGCCCCGUGAGCUCCAUGGCUGGCCGUCGUGUAUCACCUAUGCAAGGCGCAAACGCCAGUCGGGCAUCCAUGGUCGGCAUUCCAGCAGAAGACGAAGACGACGAGCAAGGAUGGGCUGAGAUGAUGAAGAACCGCGAAAAGAAGAAGACUGGCUGGAAGUUUAGACGCGGCGGUGCCAAUGACCACAAUGGCUCGCUAGGCGACUACGUUCAUCCCACCGCCAUAUAA